AUGGGCGGCGAAAAAUCAUCACCUGAAGCCGCCGUGCAGUCGGGGGCGAAGCCGAGGACGCGGCAACGCGUGUACAAGGCUCCCCCGGCCCUGGACGUGCCGGACAUCGAGGACGAUGCUGCAGAGAGAAAACGCGUCUUGAAUGUGCUGGCGCAGCGGAGAUACAGAGAAAAGAAGCGGCUACGCCGGCUAGGCAAGGAUAGCCAGCAGCCCAAAGCCUCAGCGUCCAAGGCUGCAGAGGUGCCAACAACGUCAGUAGAGGAUAUCGCAGAGGAGGGAGCAGAUGAAACGAUAGAAACGGUCUCGUCGUCACCGCUGAAUACCAGUACUACCACUGGGUUCGCGAUUGGGAUCGGGGUCGACCUGGGCCUCGGGACCUGGGACCCCUUGAACGACCCGGCACUGUCAUCCAUAUUGCCUGACACGGAAUCAUUGCCAGGCUUUCUGACAGACGAUGCAUCAGCGGAGGAGAGCUUCACUCAGUCCAACUUUAACACGGCGGCAAGCAACAUCUCGGACAUGUUCCCUCCAGCCGUCUUCAGCACUUCACCAUCCUCUUUCGAUACCACGUCCAGCACGUCGUCGUCCGACUUGGGCUUCCCUGACACGUAUCUUCUCCCCGUACAUGAACUCACCCUCCUUCGCGCCAUGCUGCGCAUCGCCAACCGCAUCGGAUGCAAGGAGCAGCUCUGGAGCCUCGACGCCCUCUCCCCCUUCAACCGCGGCAACGCCACGCCCCUCGAGCAGCUACCCGUGGCGUGGCGGCCGACACCAUCGCAGGUGCUCGUCCCGCACCACCCUCUGCUCGACUUCUUGCCGUGGCCGGGCGUGCGCGACCGCAUCAUUGGCAUCAUGUCCCUUCCCGACGACGCGCGCCCGCCCAACGCUAUGGGCCCACUAGCUCUCGUCAACUUUGCAUACGACUUUGAGGAUAAUGCUGAGGGCGUGCGUAUCUAUGGUGCGGACCCUUACGAUCCCAGCUGCUGGGAAGUAGGACAAGUUUUGUUUGAGCGCUGGUGGUUUAUCUUUGACCGGAACGUCAUUGAGAACAGCAAUCGCUGGCGCCGGCUCAGAGGCGCGCCGCCGCUGGCAUUAAAGGGAAGCGAGAGCGAUGAUGCCCCGACCGGUAGCCUUGGUGCUGCCAUGGCCUUGUAA